UGGAAAACUUUUUAGUUGGAAAGAAACAUUUACUAAUAAAUUAAAUUAUUGAUGCCUAAAUUUUAAAUGAUGUUUUGAGAUUAAUAAUUAACACUCCGAUUAUAGAUAGGCCUGGUCAAUUUACUCAACGUGGAAACUCCAUCUCUCUUUCAUCUAGAACAAUAAAAGUAAGCGAAUCUGAGUUCAUACUAAUCCAAUCUCUCUGUUGAGCUCAGAUGUGUUUCUUGGCGUUAAAUUUCAGGUUCUGAGGUAAAUAAAGUCUUUUUCUUGAAAUUGGUGGAUUCAAGAGAUUGACGACAAGUUUCAGAAUUAGGAUGCAAGAGAACAAGGGUCAUUACGUGCCACCAUCUUAUAUUCCAUUAACACAGUCAGAUGCUGAUACUGAAGUUGAGACCACUACUCCAAACCUGGAGAUUGCUGCUUCUGAAAGCACAAAAGACGAUCCGAGACCGUGGUCAUCUGGUAUAUGCGCGUGCUUCGACGAUAUACAGAGCUGUAUGCUACUCUCUGUCCUCCAAACCUUCUUCAUUUUACUUCAGGAACCAAUUUUGUUAAAGGUUUAGUAGGUUUGUUCUGUCCAUGUUAUAUCUUUGGCAAAAACGCAGAGCUUCUGGGGUCUGGAACAUUUGCAGGACCCUGCUUAACCCAUUGCAUUUCAUGGGCUUUGGUCAACACCAUUUGCUGCUUUGCAACUAAUGGCGCAUUGCUCGGUCUACCAGGAUGCUUUGUGUCAUGUUAUGCUUGUGGAUACCGCAAAUCAUUAAGAGCCAAGUACAAUUUACAGGAGGCUCCAUGUGGGGAUUUUGUAACACACUUCUUCUGUCACUUGUGUGCCAUUUGCCAAGAAUACAGAGAGAUUCGAGAACAUAGCAGCGGCUCAUAUCCUCCCGACAUGAAGCUGGCUAUCACCAAUGCCCCCUUGGCUCAAACCAUGGAAUCAGCUAACUGAUCACUUUUGUCUCAUUGAAUUUUCUUGUUUAUUUUGUAGAUGACAUUUUUCUUUUCAUCGACUUUUGCAAUGUAUUUGAGAAGUUUGAUGAGUAAAGUAACUUUCUAGGUAGUUUAUCAUAGAUAUAAAAAGAAUUUGUGAAUCUGCCACAACCACGAAGUAUUGCUCUUUUCGUGAA